AUGCAAAAGUUUGAAACGUCCAUUGUCGUCUCUGCCAAAGAUAGCAACAAACGUGCAGAAAAGUUCAUAUUGCACCAUUUUCGGGAUGUAGUAAUAUCAAAGGAACUCUGUCGCCAAUGCUUCAGACGAGGAGAGAUACUCAUAAACAACUCUCCCAUCGAAACUUCACGAAUUCUUCACAAGGAUGUCAUAGUCCAAGUGUCCAUCGACCAGUCAGAAAUAAAACGCAGCAGGCUAAAUCUGCCUAUCACUGUAAAAUACGAAGACCAUCACCUAGCUGUCGUGCUCAAACCACCCGGAGUUCAUAUGCGAGGAUUGCAGGAGUCGUUGCCUUUUCUGCUUGACAGUAGCAGGAGUAUCGCCUCCGAGACGCCGUAUUUGUGUAUAAACCAGCUUCAGAGGUCAAUGAAUGGAUUGGUCAUAUUAUCAAAGUCAAGUGAAAUGCAUAAAAAGCUUUUAUCUAUGGACAAGUCGGGCGAUAUCAAAUUCAGAUAUCGUCUAGUCUGUCAUGGUAGAUUCGACGAAAGUGCAAAGACCGCAGCGAGCAAUUGUGAAGAUAAAGAUGGAAGCAGGGAAUCGAUUGACAGUGAUAACAAUGACGUUAGCAAGGAAUCGAUUGUUGUUGAUGACGAUAACAAUGACGUUUAUAACAAGCGUGACACUUUUAUCCACAGUACAGGCAUUAAUAACUCAGCCACCAAUGCAUCAUUACAGCUACCCUUUGCGAUUCAUCCAAUCUCCACGACACGCAGUACAUCGGGCGAAAGCAACUACCUGACUACCCUCGACAUCGUACACCACAACCAUGCACAAGUUUCAUUACCUGCAAUUAAAGACUACUUUAUGCGGAUUAAACAUCCGAUUGUGGGCCACAACACUGCCUCCAAGCAGCUGAAAUCAUGCAAGGACAAGGGCAUUUUGAUGGCAUUGGUGGAAGUUGCGUUUGAGCACCCUGUCACCAAAGAAAACGUUUGCGUAGAAUGCGAUGAGCCACGGAAGCUCAAGACGAUAUGUCAAAGGGAGCAAAAUUUUUACGAAAAGAAACGCGCCGCAAGGAUUGCGGAAGCAAAGUUGUAUGGCAUCGAAAAUACAAAUGACGAUCCCGAGAUACAAUCGGGAAUUCCAUUGGCGUAUAUUUCUGGAGAGAAGAGUUUCUGUGGUCUGCAGUUUAUGGUUAGUAACCAGACGAUGAUACCACGUAUAUCCACGGAGCAUUUAGUCCGCGCGACUCUAGACAUUUACAAAACACGGCUUUUAUCUGACGUGUGUCUCGACGCUAACGAAGCUGCGGAUAAUACCACAAAAUCAUUUAGAAUACUCGACGUUGGAACUGGUUCGGGAUGUAUCUUGAUAGCCAUAAUCCACUCGAUCUUGUCUCUUCCUGAAUACAAUACAGCAAAUGCAAGCAUCUUUGGUAUGGGAAUAGAUAUAUCACCACUAGCAUUGGACGCUGCAAAGAGUAAUGCGAAAAGACACUUACACAAGCAACAAUCGUUGUACUGUUUCGCUAAAGGUAACAUGGAGUAUCUACACAAUGAUCCACUACUGUCUCAAAAGAACUUUGACGUCAUUGUUUGCAACCCUCCUUAUCUCGAUAUCACUAAGCCUUUACCUCCCAAUGAUCCAAGAUCUCAUGAACCAUCGCAUGCAAUAUACUGUUCAGAGGAAGGAUACCAGUGCUAUCGGCUACUAUCGGAGAGCCUGGAUAAAUCUUUGGCACUAGGAUCGCAAGUAUUGAAUAAGGAAGGUUUGGUUGUUCUGGAAGUUGGUGCUACAAUGGCCAAGAAAGUAAAGAGGAUAUUCAACGAUUGGUGCUGUAUAAAAAGUAUCAAGGAUCAGCAAGGGUUCGAGAGGUGUCUUGUUUUUAGGCGUAAUGAGUAG